AUGCCGAUAGUCAAGAUCCACGCCCGCUCCGUCUACGACUCCCGGGGUAACCCGACAGUCGAGGUUGACGUGGUCACCGAAAGUGGCCUCCACCGCGCAAUCGUCCCUUCGGGUGCCUCUACUGGCCAACACGAAGCCUGCGAGCUCCGCGAUGGUGACAAGUCAAAAUGGGGUGGAAAGGGUGUCCUCAAGGCUGUCGAGAACGUCAACUCAGUCAUUGGCCCAAAGCUCAUCCAAAAGAACAUCGAUCCUACAGAUCAGACUGCAGUUGACAACUUCUUGAUUGAGCUCGAUGGAACGGAGAACAAGACAAACCUUGGUGCAAACGCAAUCCUAGGUGUCAGUCUUGCAGUUGCAAAGGCAGGCGCUGCCCAGAAGGGUGUCCCGCUUUAUGCGCAUGUCUCCGACCUCGCAGGCACGAAGAAGCCUUACGUGCUCCCAGUCCCAUUUAUGAACGUUCUCAACGGAGGUUCCCACGCCGGUGGUCGUCUGGCCUUCCAGGAGUUCAUGAUCGUGCCCGACCAAGCACCUACGUUCUCCGAGGGCCUCCGUUGGGGCGCUGAAACAUAUCAGAAGCUGAAGGCUCUCGCCAAGAAGAGAUACGGCCAAUCCGCUGGUAAUGUCGGUGACGAGGGUGGUGUUGCUCCCGAUAUUCAGACCGCCGAGGAAGCCUUGGAUCUCAUCACUGAUGCCAUCAAGGAGGCCGGUUACGAGGGCAAGAUGAACAUUGCUAUGGAUGUUGCCUCCAGCGAGUUCUACAAGGAGGAGGAGAAGAAAUAUGACCUGGACUUCAAGAACCCUGACAGCGACAAGAGCUUGUGGAUCACCUACGAACAAUUGGCCGAUAUGUACAAGUCUUUGGCAAGCAAGUACCCAAUCGUCUCUAUCGAGGAUCCCUUUGCCGAAGAUGAUUGGGAGGCGUGGAGCUACUUCUUCAAGACUUCUGACUUCCAGAUUGUCGGUGACGACUUGACCGUGACCAACCCCAAGCGUAUCAAGCGAGCUAUCGAAUCCAAAGCCUGCAAUGCUCUUCUCCUCAAGGUCAACCAGAUCGGAACCCUCACCGAAUCUAUCCAAGCAGCAAAGGACUCGUACGCCGCCGACUGGGGUGUGAUGGUAUCUCAUCGUUCCGGCGAGACGGAAGAUGUUACCAUCGCCGACAUCGUUGUGGGUAUUCGAGCUGGCGAGAUCAAGACUGGUGCCCCAGCACGAUCCGAACGCCUUGCCAAACUCAACCAGAUCCUGCGUAUCGAGGAAGAGCUGGGAUCCAAUGCCAUUUACGCAGGCAGCAACUUCCGCAAGGCGGUUACUUUGUAA